CUGAAAUAUCGGCUCGAGUAAAAAACUAAAAGGCCCAUUAAGGAUUAGCAAAAGAAAAACCUAGUUCAGUUUUGUGUCUCUCUGUUUAUAAGCUUACAACAAAGUUUGUCGCCCAGUUUCUUCAUCAACUUAGCGGCUCCCAUCUUCCGUCUUCUCUGCUUAAGGAACUAGAAAGAAAAAAGUUGAAGAAAAGCUAUGGCGUACGCACCACCGAUGAAGCAAGGAAAGGCAGGAUUUGAGGAGACACAAGAGCAGAUUCACAAGAUCAGAAUCACUCUCUCCUCUAAGAACGUCAAGAACCUUGAGAAGGUGUGCACUGACUUGGUCCGCGGAGCUAAAGACAAGAGAUUGAGAGUCAAAGGACCAGUGAGGAUGCCAACUAAGGUUCUCAAGAUCACCACCAGAAAAGCUCCUUGUGGUGAAGGAACAAACACAUGGGACAGAUUUGAGCUCCGUGUGCACAAGCGUGUGAUCGAUCUCUUCAGCUCUCCUGAUGUGGUGAAGCAGAUCACUUCCAUCACCAUCGAGCCUGGUGUUGAGGUCGAGGUCACCAUCGCUGAUUCUUAGAUGCUUGCAAUUUAAUUUACAAAACUUUUGUCUUUGAAUUCCAGCUACUUCUCGCUUUCCUUUUUUGUUGCAAGGUUCAGACUUCUUGUUCUCUUCCUUAUAUAUGUUAUCCUUUGGAGUUUUACUUUUUGUUGAACAUGCGACUUCUGGUUCUGUUUUGCUAAAGCUUUUGGGCCUUAA